AGAAAGAAUGUCUAUGCCUAAUGACACCUCACCCUAUCCUUCUUCAUUCCUACUGCUGGGCAUCCCAGGCUUGGAAGACAUGCACAUUUGGAUUGGAUUCCCAUUUUUCUUUGUUUAUCUUCUUGCUCUCCUGGGAAAUACUGCUGUCUUAUUUGUGAUACAGACUGAGCGUAGUCUCCAUGAGCCCAUGUACUACUUCCUGGCCAUGCUGGAUUCCAUCGACUUGGGUUUGUCCACAGCCACCAUACCCAAAAUGCUGGGUAUCUUCUGGUUCCAUCUCAGGGAUAUAUCUUUUGGAGGGUGCCUUUCUCAGAUGUUCUUUAUCCACUUCUUCACUGUCAUGGAGAGCAUUGUGUUGGUUGCCAUGGCCUUUGACCGCUACGUUGCCAUCUGUAAGCCUCUUCGGUAUACCAUGAUCCUCACCAGCAAACUCAUUGCCCUCAUUGCAGGCAUUGCUAUCCUGAGGAGCCUGUAUAUGGUUGUCCCACUGGUGUUUCUUCUACUCAGGCUGCCCUUCUGUGGGCAUCGUGUCAUCCCUCAUACCUACUGUGAGCACAUGGGAAUUGCUCGGUUGGCUUGUGCCAGUAUCAAAGUCAACAUUUUGUUUGGGCUGGGCAACAUUUCUCUGUUAUUAUUAGAUGUACUCCUUAUUAUUCUUUCCUAUGUUAGGAUCCUCUAUUCUGUCUUCUGCUUGCCUUCCUGGGAGGCUCGAUUCAAAGCUCUCAAUACCUGUGGAUCCCACAUUGGGGUUAUCUUAGCUUUUUUCACACCAGCAUUUUUCUCUUUCUUGACACACCGUUUUGGCCACAACAUUCCUCAAUAUAUUCACAUUUUCUUGGCCAACCUCUAUGUUGUUGUUCCUCCAGCCCUUAAUCCUGUAAUCUAUGGUGUCAGGACCAAGCAGAUUCGGGAGAGAGUGAUGAGAAUUUUUCUGAAGAGAGAUCAUUAGCCAAAUAGAAGGUGAA